AUGGAACAUUCAAUGAUUCAAUUGGAUGAUUUACCUGAUGAAAUUCUUAUGAUGAUUUUAAAAAAAAUGUGCCAAGUUGAUGUACUCUAUUCUUUAAUAGAUGUUAAUCAACGAUUUAAUAUAAUUGUACAUGAUUCGAUUUUCACUAAUCAUUUGAUAUUACUGGAACAUUUAUCGGAUGGUUUCAUAUGUUCAUUAACUGAUUCAAUACUUGAUCAUUUUUGUUCACAAAUUUUACCUAAAAUUAAUCAUAAAAUCAAACGACUUGAUCUCGAAUCAUCAUCUAUGCAACGUAUUCUUUUAGCUACAAAUUAUCCUAGUUUACAUGAACUUUCUUUAUAUAAUAUUAACCUCAACACAUUUAUACAAUACUUUUUUGAAGAAAAUGCAUUAACUGAUCUAUUUAAAAAUAAAAUUUUAUCACUUACUUUUAAUAUGAAUGUAAAUAAAAAGAACAAUGAUAGAGAAUUUUUCAAUGCAAUUAUAUUUCAACGUAUUAUUAAAACUUUUACCAAUAUACAAUAUUUAAAUUUUUGUCCAUCUUCAACUUGGUAUUCAAGGAUAUCGUUUGAAAUUUUUAUUGAAAAUUUAGCCUCUUCAACUCUCUUAGAAUUGCAUGUUACUCUCACGAAUUUCGAUAAUUGUCUUUAUUUACUCGAUGGACGGUUCAAUCAACUCCAUACACUUUAUAUUAAUGUUGCUGAUAUUCAAUCUUCACAACAAACAAUCCGUAAUAUGGAAAAUUUACCUAAUUUAAAAUGUUUUUCUUUAUAUUCUAACGUAAUGACAAGUGCUUAUGAUGAAUUAGUUGUUCCACUUCUAAAUCGAAUGUUCAAUUUAGAAGAACUUGGUUUAUAUAUUAAACUUCGUGAUAAGAAUACAUUUAUUGAUGGGAAUAAUUUGAAAAAAAAUAUUCUCAAUAAUAUGUCACGAUUAAAAAAACUUCAAUUUUAUAUUCGUUCAACUACUAUUGUUCUUAAUCAACUUAAUAUACCAUCAAAUGAAGAUAUUCAAUAUACAUUCAAAGAUUUUUAUAAUAAUCAUAUUAUUUCAUAUGUUGAUUAUUUUACAGAUACUCAACGAGGUCAAUGUCAUGUUUAUUCAUAUCCUUAUACAAUGAAUGAAUAUUAUAAAAUAACCAAUAAUUUUCCAGGAGGAUUAUAUAAAUCUGUUACUAAAAUAUCAUUAUAUGAUGAGCGACCAUUUGAAUAUAAAUUUUUUCUUCAAAUUGCUCAAUCAUUUCCAUUUUUGAAAAAACUAAUUUUAGAAAAUAUGAAACCUCAAAAUGAUAAAAAACAAAAUUUACCAAUUAUUGAAUAUCCUCAUCUUAUCAUACUUGAUCUUACUGAAGCUCAUUUAGAUUAUAUCGAACUAUUUCUACUUGAUACUAAAAUGCGUUUAUCAAAUGAUAUUUCUCUUAUUGUCAUUUAUCAAGCACUAAGAAAAGUAACAGAAAAAUUUACAAAAAAUUCUACAAGAACCAAUGGUGAAAAAUUACAUCGUUUAAGUUUACUUGGUAAAUAUCGAAUUCCUAAAUAUGUAAAAGAAUAUUUUCCUCAUACAGAAAUAUUAAAUCAUUAA